GUGAUUUUGACCAUGUCAAUUGAUAUAAGACCAUUUGAAAGAGUUGUGGAACAUAAAACAACCGAUAUUGAAGGGUCUACUUUAAUUAUCCCGUCGAUUUCAAUUGGGAAUGUUCCUCAAUUAGCAAUAGAUCUCUUGAUUCACACUUAUAAUUUCGUUAAGAUUGGAAACUUGGAUAGUAUCUACCUUUAUCCAUUUUCAUCACCAAUUGAUACAGCCCCGGAUCCGGAAAUAGUGGAAAGAACUAAGGGGGUAUCAAGUGCACUUGAAGUUUACUAUAAUGACAAGUUAAAGGUUAGUAUCAUUCAACAAAGAUCUCCAAUUCUUCCAAGCUUUACUUCUACGUACAUCAAUGAAGUUAUAAUACCAUUUUUGGCUGGGGGGAAAUUUUCAGAAGUAUUGAUACUAGAUUCUUCCGAUGCUGGAUUACUUGAAGAUUUCCAGCCGGGCAAAAUUCAAGUAUAUACAAACGAAGAUUUAUUGAAUAAUUCCUUAGGUUCCUUGAACAUUCUGAAAAAAGAUGCUAUACAAUUAUCAUCAAAAUAUCCGUACGACCACUCAGUCUACGCUGGUCUUUUGAUCAAGGCCUUGGAUGAAUUAAAUUUGAAAUCUGAAUCGAGCAUCGAUCUUAAUGUAUUGGUUGCGUACGUAUACGAGGGAGAUAAUUUCCAGGACGGGGAGAUCUUAGCCAAUAAAGUAAAUAGUAUAUUAGAUCUUGAGCAAAUAACGUCCUGGAUUAAACCACUUAGUUGGUUAGGUGCUUAUGGGGAUAAACCGGUUCCAAAUGCAAUGGAAGAAGGGUUAUUUGGUUAGGGUCAGAGAAAAGUAUCAUUUAUUUCUAAUUACACGCAAGAGAUAUUAAUGUUUUUGUUUUUGUAUCUAAUAGUUUAAUGCAUAUUCGAUAGAAGCAGUAUAUCCGUAGACACCAAGCCCUGCAAUUACUGCAAUGGCCUUAUCAGAUAAAUAAGAAUGGUGUCUAAAUGGUUCUCGUUGAUGCACGUUGGUGAUAUGAAUUUCAAUAAAAGGAAUGGCAGUACCUAAAAGAGCGUCUCUAAGGGCAAUGGAUGUAUGUGUA